AUGCCUUUAAUCAACGAUAUCCACGACUCGCUACCCUACAUCGACGCGGCGCCCACGGCGUCCGCCCACGCGCGAGCCCAGCAACUCAUCAACGCCGAGCUCCCCCAAGACCAUGCCAGCACACUCCAUCCCUGGAUCCCCGAAGCCCCCCAGCCAAAGUUCUCGCCCUUCAUCACACAAGAACUCGAGCGCAAAGCGACCGGCGCCCCUCUCAUGGGCAUUGAUCUAACGCGGUACGAAGCGCCCGAGGCGCCAACUCGCUCAAACGGCGCACCAGAUCUAGAAGAGUGGCGCAAGACACUGCAGAAGGCGUACGCGUCCAGCUUGCAUCUCUCCAAGCGCCAUGAGAAUCUGGCGCUGCUGGAAGAGAAUGGCAAGAAUGCUUGGUUGAUUGGAAAUUCACAGCUGGAAGAAAUUCUGGGUGAGCUGGAGAAGGAGCUUGCGGAGACGAAGGAGGCUGCGGCGGAGGUGAACAAGCAGAGGAAGAUUGCGCAGGAGGCCAGCCAGGGUGAAUUGGUUAGUCUGGAGGAGACGUGGAAGAGGGGCGUUGGCGCGAUUCUGGAUGUUGAGGUUGCGUCCGAGGGUUUGCGGAUGCAGAUCCUUGAACACAGGAGGCAGAUGGCUCAGCAGCAGGCGCGCCAGUGA